CUGUCCAGUGGAGGAGAGGAUGCUCGCGCUCCGCUGAGACAGAAAGGCAAAUAUACAGCGUGGGUGAUUAGUUCUCAACUUCCCAGAGCAUUGCCGAGCCGAUGUGACUUCUGAACUGAGUCGACUCAAAAGUCACCUCAAGGCCGAAGCGAUGCAUUAUUUUACAGCCGGCUUACCCCUUCCGUCGAGCCCUAUGAGGCUCACCCGCCUCUCUCCUAAGGCGCGUUAAUUACGGCUGACUUUCUGGCCGUGGCAUUAACGAUCGCCAGCCUUCCUGACCGUGGAUACUUCGAGGUGACGCUGAAGUAACACGCGACCAUCGGCAUUAGUGCACACGAACACCCGUCAGUACCGCUGCUCGCCCAUCAACACAGCUACCCAUUCCUACACAAGCAGCCCGAGUACCUCUACAUGAAAGUCGCCAGCAUGCAUUUCCCCGUCAUGCUUCCACGUUCACGCUCCCGAUCGCAAGCGCUUCGCAUCUCGCCUGUCGCAACUCGCCGCCUGUCAUCUCUCCUCCCCCUCCUCCUGAUCCUCGCGGUUCCGCGUUUUGGUGCCACGACAAAUGUGGCCUCAUCGGGGAAUAUCGUCGACGAGAGCUGGUACACCCGCGGCGUUCCUUCCGAUCCACGACCCGCUACAGACCGCUCCGUCGCAGCGAACGCCGUCGCCCCCGCGCAAUCGUCCUUGGACGCGUGUCGAGCCAGAACUGCCGCGUACCUUAACGAAUCGGGCCCGCGGCCGCCGUUCCCCACGCUCUGCCCAUCUGAGGGGUUGUUCGAAGUGUGCGACGUGAAAGGCCCGAUUGCGUUCAACAUCACUCCUAAGUUCAUCGGCACGAGAUGGAAGGGAUGGGGGACCUCACUUGCAUGGUUCGCGAACUACAUUGGUGGCUUGCCCGAGAAGCACCUUGGCAGGCUCAUGGAUCUGAUGUUCACGCGAGACGGUCUCAACUUCAAUAUCGUACGUUACAACAUCGGAGGCGGUUUCAACGCGCGUUUCAGCCCCCAGUUCCUUUCUAAAACAAUCGCCGACUGGAGGGGUGUUCCGGGGUUCAAGCCCACACAGACAGGAGCCUACGACUGGCAGGCAGACAAACGUCAGAAGACCGUCCUCUGGGGGGCAAGGAGUCGCGGAGCAAAUAUCUUCGAAGCCUUUUCCAACAGCCCUCCCUGGUGGAUGACUAUAACGCGUGACGUGGCAGGAGCCACUGACCCAACCAAAACCAAUUUGCGGCCGGAGUACGAGUCCUCAUUUGCGCAGUAUCUAGCAGCAGUGGUGGAGAACUUCGCUAAGGAUCCCAAGUGGAACCUUACGUUUACGUCGGUGGAGCCUUUUAACGAGCCGCUGGAAGGGUUCUGGAAGGCGGGAGCUCCGCAUGAGGGUUGCACCUUCAAGGCUCCUGAAAUGGGACGGGUGAUUCAGAAAACCGCCAUGGCUCUUAAAUCGAGAGGGCUUAAAACGAAGCUGGUCGGAGUGGAUAGCUGGUCCCCUUACACGACCGCUUUCGUGUCUAAAUUCGCCAGCGCAAAUAUGCUGCAAAGAAUCAACGUUCACUCGUAUACCGGCACUCCGCCUGAGGGCGUGUCCUUGCCUCGGUGGACCAAUCUGCAGUACGCGCGGAUGCGGAACGUGGCCAAGAGGCUCAGGAAGGAGGUUUGGGUGUCAGAAGGCGGACCAAUCGGAUACGAGGGACAUCCGUAUGAUGUGACGCUGUACGUGGCUCGUCAAGUCAUUGAAAGCAUCAAUAUCCUCGAGGCCUCCGCGUAUGUGUACUGGCAAGCCAUUGAUCCUCAUCCAGCCUGGACGCUGAUCAAGAUCCCUUGGGGGUAUCCCCUGAAGAAAGCGGCCGGAGAAAUUCAACAGCAGGGGAUUCUGCUGGCGAAGCGAUACUGGGUGUUUCGUCAGUUCGCUAAGUUCGCUCCGCAGGGGAGCCGGCCGCUGAGAGUCCCCUACUCGUGCUGGCAUUCCGUCGCGGCGUUUUACAACGAGAAGUAUAGUUUCGUGAGCGUGUUUUUCGUGAACCAGAAGGCGAAGACCGUAAAGCUGAAGUUUGGCUUGGACCAGUUCAGGACGAAUGUGGGGAAUCCGACAAGGGUGAUUGGGCACAGGACUACAUGGAAAGAUUCAUACGCUGAAGCGCUUAUAGCUAAAGGUAAGUCCUCAGUUACUAUAACAUUAGAGGGACAAAGCUUUAUGUCCCUGGUAUUUACCAAUAUUGCUUUGAAGAAAGGGUCAUUGAAGAAGUAGCUGGGCAACUGGGUCUCGUUGCUGUGCUGCAAUGGGGUCUUUUUGUGUUGUGUUUAUUGUAAUUGGCAUAGCUCUGCGGCCAUGCAUCUCAACAUAAAACCAGUGGUGUGCA